AUGCCCUCUCCUGCUUCCCUUGACUCAGCCAUUCUAGAGAACAAUCUUGCUAGAGAGAAACACGCAAAGGACGAUUUGAUGCGAAGGGUUAAGCUGGCAGAGCAAGCAUCUGGAAUUCCAGAGAUGGUAUCUGCCUGUGAGAACUGCUCCGCAACACGGUGUCAGCCAGAUAUUAUAAUCAAGCCAGAACCAGAGGAACUGGAAACUGAUUUUACAGCCCUGUUCUCUACAAACCGCGAUCGUACUAUUCGAACUAGUGAGACGUCGGUGUCUCCCUCCAGAGUCAUAGACCCAUGCGGCUUCUGCCAGGAUGGCACCCCGUGCGUGUGUGCGGAGAUGGCCGCAGAGGAAGAAAACAACUCGACACCUAUUAAGCUACACAAUAGAUUAACAAUCAGAAACCUGUCACAAUUUACCCCCCCUCCUUCUGAAGGCGAUGUUCUCUCUGAACCCCUUCAUUCAAACCCAAAGAAGGCUAAUCCAUGCAUCAACGGACCUGGAACCUGCGCGCAAUGCAAGGCUGAUCCAAAGAGCACACUCUUCUGUAAAAGCCUCGCUGCAUCUCGUUCCACCAGCGCCGCUGCCACUGCGACAAGCUCAGGUUGUUGUGGAGGUGGCAACUCGCGUGGCGGAUGUUGCCAAUCCCAGGAAAUGAACACGCCGUCGUCAUCGACGUCAUCAACUCAACGUCAACCCAUCAGCCUCUCCUGCGCAGAUACCUACACUGCGCUUUCGCGCCAUCCAAAUUUCUCUCGUGCCACGGACGACUUAAACACCUGGCUACCGCGCCUGCACACUCUACCUACUCUACGUGAUCCGCCACUCACAGAUUAUGGCAACCGGCCGGCGAUGGAGGUCGAAGCGGCGAGUGUGAUGGGUGUGUUGAAGUAUUUCGAUCGGAGAUUUGCCGACUAG